AUGACAUUAUUACUGAUAAUUGUUCUGCGAGAGUUGUAUUUCGCCCUUGAAUAUUCAAAUGAGGAUGCAACAUAUGUUAGCUGUGUGUUAAGGCGAGUGAGUGUGUGGCUGGUGCUGGGGCUGGGCUAUAUACAUAGCUGCGAGGACAUGGGUAGACAGGCAGUCAAGUGGAACACCCCAGCCUUUCUGUCAUACAUAAAGUGGUAGUGUAGCAGUACAGUAGGUCUAGCGGCUGACUGGUUGAUCUAUAUACAGGUUUAGCAGUCACUAGAGUAGGCCUAUCCCAGUCGACUUUCUUACUGUCCACACCAACAUUCCUUCACUCCUCGGUCUUCUCCCUCCCCUCGGGAUCUCUACCCUCCAGAGCACCUCUCCCCCCAGCAGGGAUCUAACCUGGCACCAGAAGCAGCAUGGAGGUGGGUACCACAGAAGCACAACAGCGUGGAUCAGAGGAACUACUUUCACACAGUCCAAUGGUGACCAACGGCACCACCAUGAGCCCUCAGCACAUUAACCCAGACAUGAACAAUGAUGCUAAAAAGGUUAAGCUGGACCAUAAUCAGACGGGUGGAUCUCGGGUAGUACACAUCAGAGGCCUGCCCAGUGAUGCUAACGAGCUAGAGGUCAUCAGUCUGGGAGCACCCUUUGGAAAAGUUACAAAUAUUUUACUUCUCAAACAAAAGAGUCAGGCAUUGCUAGAGUUUGGGGACGAAGAUGCAGCAGCUAAUAUGGUGGAUUAUCACGAAAGAACUCCAGCCCAGAUCAGACUCAAACCUGUGUUUGCGCAGCUGUCCAACCACAAGGAGUUAAAGACUGACUACGCUCAUUCAUUCCAGAAUGCCUCUGCCCAGGCAGCUAUCCAGGCCUUGGAGGCUGUGAGGUCAGGUCACCCUGAGGACCAGUCUAAAACCAUCCUGAGGGUGAUAGUAGAACAGUGUGUAUACCCCAUACAGAUUGAGGUUCUUCAUUGGGUUUUUUCAAAGUAUGGCAAAGUACUGAAGAUCAUAACAUUCACAAAAAAUAAUAUGUACCAGGCUUUGAUACAGUUUGUGGACACGAUGAGCGCCAAUGCUGCCAAGCUGUCCCUGGAUGGUCAGUGUAUUUAUAAUGGUUGCUGUAUCUUGAAGAUUGAUUACUCGAAGCUGACAAAUCUCAAUGUGAAAUACAACAAUUCAAAGAGCAGAGAUUACACCAACCCCAACCUGCCGACGGGAGACGCUGCCGUGGACCAGGCUGUGCUGCCCUAUCCCCACCAAGGUCCCCCGGGUGUGUUGGCGGCGCCGUUCGCAGUGCCUGGGAUGGGAGCUACUCAACUAACUACAUACGGUGCAGCUGCAGCAGGAGAUUUUCUCCCGAAUUAUGCAGCCUUUGGUGGCUUGCCUAGUGGUCUCAAUCCCCCGUUAGCCCCGGGAGGGUUUGGCAUGCAGCAGGCGAUUGGUGCGGCCGCCCAGAUGGGUUUAGCGGUACCCACAGCUGGGAGCAGUGUUGUCCAUGUAUCUAAUCUGGAUGAAGAGAUGGUCACGCCCGAUGCUCUUUUUACCCUCUUUGGUGUCUACGGCGAUGUUCAUCGGGUGAAGAUUUUGUUCAACAAAAAAGAUAACGCGCUUAUUCAAAUGGCGGAGCCACAUCAAGCACAACUUGCCAUUGCCCAUUUAUCUGGGGCUCGUGUAUGGGGUAAAGCCAUCCGGGUGAUACAGUCCAAACAUUCUGUGGUACAGAUGCCUAAGGAAGGACAGCCACAAGAUGCAGGACUAACCAAAGACUUCAGUAACUCACCUCUUCACAGGUUUAAGAGGCCGGGGUCAAAAAAUUGUCAGAACAUCUACCCUCCCUCAGCUGUCCUUCAUCUGUCCAACAUUCCAGCUUCAGUCACAGAAGAACAAAUUCAGGAGGCCUUCGCUAAACAUGGCACUGUUAAAGGUUUCAAAUUUUUCCCGAAAGACAGACGAAUGGCUCUGAUCCAGAUGGCUACAGUUGAUGAAGCAGUUAUGGCUUUAAUAGCUAUGCACAAUUACCAGCUGAUGGAUAACCAGCAUUUGAGGGUGUCCUUCUCCAAAUCCACAUUGUGAGCUCCCUGCCUUACCCACCAUCAUGUGACGCCAGCUGUGACAGCACAGACGUUAGGGAGGAAAUCAACAGUCAUGAUACUGAUCGACCAGAUUUCUCCCUUGUGUUACUACUGCUGUGGCAUCUUCAGGGGAAUGUAAUAUUGGGGGGAGGGGGGAGGGGAGGGGUUGAUUUCAUAUGUUUUUUUUUUUUCCCUCGGUUUUUCUAUGUUUAUCUUUUAUAUCGAAAUAUGAUAGUUCUGGGUGAGAAGUGGACCUCGUUAGCAGCUGGUGAAAAGAGUCUUAUAAUCCUACCUAAUUAAAGGCAGCUGGACUGGAGGGUGCGCGUUUGACAAAUUAACAAAAAAAACAAAACAACAAAAAGCUAGCCAACCCCAGUUCCAGAGAGAAAUAUUUAUGUGCAAGUGUACCGGUUCAGAGUUCCUCUUUUUCUGGUUGGGGUCCAAUAUUAUAUAUAUUAUAUAAAAAGAGAUUUGCAGUAGUUGGCCGUUAGCUUAUCAUUCAAGUGCCUUUAUCAGCAUAAAGGACAAGGAGUGGGUUUGAUUUGGGUUAAUGCUCAGAUCAGCGAGAUCAGAGAAGCUGUUGUGAUUAUCUGUCUUUGUUAUGCAGGAUAUGUAUCAUCAGACGUUAGCUUUGUUUUUGUUUUUUCCAAUUUUUUAAUUUUCUUUUUUAUUAAAUGAAAACGAUUGACCUCAAAUCUUGGCUGAGAAGCAAUUUUGUUCCAUGUGUUCAUGUAUAUACAAAAAGCUUACAUGUUUGUGAACAAAUAAUUGAAAAAUAAAAAGUUUUAACUGUUCAAAUGAGUUUAAAAGAGAAGAAAAUGAUGUUUUUUGAAUCUAAAGUUUAUCAGGUGUAUUUUUUUGUUAAUUUCCCAUAAAAAUGUUAUCUAAAAAAAUGUCAUUUUUGAAAAUCAUAAUUUAAAUGUGUGAGUAUUUUAAUGAGUAGGGACAGAAAAGGUUUUGAGACGUGAGGAACUUGAGGUGUGGUUAGAUUUGUACUCCCUGGACAGAUUUCUUAAUAGGGUUGGCAGAGAAGGUGAAUAGGGGAAUGUCAAUAGGGAGAGCAUGCAGGCGUGCUUUUAAAACAAUAUAGAACUGAGAGAUGGAAGGAAAAGCUGGCUAAUCCAAAGCUAACGCCAGAUUUAGGAGCUGAGGCAAACUCUGCAGGUAUUGUGACGGGAUACCCCUCUAGAUUUAAAAAGGGGAACUCUGAAAUUAAAUAUUUUAAUAGCUUUUAUACAGAGAGGUCCAGACCUGGUCUUAUGUUGCAGAUAAUAUAGGAUGAAGUUAAUUUUUUUAAAGUCCUAUUUUUGCAAUUUUUGGGUGUAUGAGGUCUAUGAGAACAAUUGUAUAACUAUGAGGUGUGGAAAUAUAUUUUUGCAUUUUGAAGAUACAGUGGCCGAAAAAAUAAAUCGUUAUUAUAAAUAUGCAUCAGAGCGACUCGUUUAAAAAAGAAAUUAAUUUUUACACAUGGUAAAUUAGUUUUUCGGCUUUCCAUACCUCUGAAAUUAAUCCUAUAAACUGCAUUUUGCACACUUUGGUUUUUUUUUUUUUUUUUUUAAAGUGGCAGUAUGG